AUGUUUUACUCGUCCUUCGUCCUCCUGCUUUUCUCCUGCCUUGCUGUUUCCACGGUAACCGUCACUACGGAGCGACGCGCGGUGGAUGGCAACGACGUGAGGGCUCUGACCGGCGGCGGCGGCGGCGGCAGCGGUGGUGGGUCGGCCCCAGCUGGAGCCAAAGCGAGCAGCACCUUGUUCCUCCUGACCGGAUACAAGCCGCGGCUGCCUCCGCCGCCCGCCGGGCCCAAAGUGGCGCCAAAAGCGGCGGAGGUGGAGGACGGAGAUGACCCGCCGGUGAUGGCCGAGCUCCCUCCUAAGCCCCUCCCUCAGACCAUGUUGCCAAGGAACAUGACGGCCGAAGCCCUGAAGCCCCCCCUCGGUGCGGCUCAGGUGGCUCCGCCUCCCAGACAGCUGGUGGAUGUGGACGUGUGCAGGGGUUAUUUUGACGUUAUGGGGCACUUUGACAGCACCUUCAACUGCUCCAAGGGCAGCUACAUCUACUGCUGCGGCACCUGCCACUACCGCUUCUGCUGCGAGCACCAGAAGAACCGUCUGGACCAGGACUCCUGCAACAACUACAUCUCCCCCGUCUGGGCCGACCCGCAGGUCACCGUCACCGUGCCGACGGGGAGCAAGCCUGACCCAGAUUUCGAGACGCUCCAGCAGCAGAACAGCAGCACGGCCUAUGUGAUCGGAGGGGUGAUCUCCUUCACGCUGGUGGUGGCCGUGGGUGUGAGGAUCGCCUUCAGCAAGGUGGCACGCCGACCCCGAAACAGGGACAUCAACAUGCCCAGGUCGCUGGUGGAUAUCUUGCGUCACCAGUCGAGCCCCGUGCAGCAGGGAGAGAGGAACAACACCACGGGGAUGAACACCACCACCUCAGACGGGCGGAUAUCCAAAAACCUCUACACCCCCAUCCUGCAGAGCAAAGACAACCGCAAAGAACUGGACGAGUACGCCGGCUACUACUCCUCCAAGCGUCGCUCCAACAACGCUCCCCCGUCCUUCCACUCCUCGCAGCACCACCUGCCGUGGGGGGGCGACUACACGCUGGGCUCCAGGGGCACGUUGCCCCUCCACGGCUCCCGUCCCCGUCUCCACAUCCCGGCCUCCACCCCCAACCCGUACCCGCUCCCCGCCCAGACGCAGUACACCAACUCCACCUUCGACAGGCCGCCGCGCCGCGUCCGCUCCCAGGAUCAGCUGCUGGCGCUCGGAGAGGGAAACACUUUGUCCCGCCUGUCCAAGAACCAGCAACACCAGUACUACAAAGCCAUGAUGAGCACCAGCAGGAGCUCCACCUCUCAGACGCUCCGCAGGUCCCAUGAGAGGCUCCUGGUUUCACCCGAUCGUCUGGAGGAGCGGCUGAUGACGGUGGGCAUGAUGGUCGGAGGAGUCGACAGAGGUCCGGGCGGGGGCAUGGUGCCGACGAUGGGCCGACUCAGCCACCACCAGAAGGCCCAGUCGCAGCAGAACAUCUGCGUCACUCCCUCCAUGGAUCGCCACCACAUGAUAAAGAUGAACUCCCACCCGUCGUCAGGCCACGAGCACGAACGCAGCUCGGCCGCCAUGCCUGGGAUGGGCAUGCACGGCGGCUGGGAACCACACGGGGGCCACGGAGGAGGAGGAGGAGGAGGAGGAGGAGGAGGAGGUGGUGGAGGAGGUCACCCGAAUGCUCGACGGAUGGCGUUCGCAAGCAAGAGGCAGAACACCAUCGAACAGCUCCACUUCAUCCCCGGAGGAGGAGGAGGUGGAGGAGGAGGGGGAGGAGGGCAAGGACUGCGGACUGGCAGUAAGAAUGAAGUGACAGUGUGA